AUGCUCGAUGCUCGCCACUCAACGCUCUAUUACGUUAACGCUGUCAGGAUCCCUGUUCUUCCCCUGACCUCCCGCAAGUGCUCAAUCCUGGCGCCCACGGACUCGGUUCUAAAAUUUCCGCUGCGGGCCCUCGCGACAUUCACCCAGAAUCUUCACCGUCGCUUCGGCCCUCUCUUCCAUUUCGUCCUCGUCGGCGUUCGACAUCAUAGUGGUGUCUGUUUCGGUAGCUUGUCAGUCGUCUGCUUGGCCUUGGCUCACAUCUUGGUUCCUGUUGGCGUGACGGGAAGGUUGGUUUUCUGGGGUAGCCCUCUGGUGAUAAGGCUACUGAUCCGGGCAGUUUUCGACAAAUGGACAAAGCCUUCCUCUCUUGCUAUUGAUAGCGACGCUACCGACGAACAGAACCAAUCAUUCAGGGCUUCUGGGCCACCUACUAGUGGUGUCGUCAUGUUCGGACCCUUUCCUGUUCCUCCAAGCCUGACCCCGAGGGUAGACUCAGGGGAUAUACCCAGUCCGACACCCAUCAAUCUACCAAGGUAUCAGCCAUUUGCACAACAUGAUGUGAUAAUUGGCGGCGAGAGUCAAUCAUUGCCAGCUUUACUUGAACAGACUGGCCGAGAUUCGCUUGUUCUGGGACCUGCUGGUCUCUUGGCAAUCGGGCUCGAUCUGAAACUAGAUGCCGACGAAUCUGACCUUAUACCUGAUACAUGCUGCCUACCAGAUUUCCGUCAAUGGGACCGCUUCACAGCCGAGAAAGCCUGUAAUCAGGACGGCAAAGACCGGUUUCCAUUGAGAAAUGGGAAUCUGUCCCCAGGAUGCCAGGUAUACCUUGAACGCCGGCGAGAACUCUCCAAUACCAAUGACGACGCCUUCCGCACCGUGAGGAGGAUUUCACCUCCCAAGGGCAAGCAGCACGCAAGGUUAGGCAACACUUAUGAAUUCUUCCGUUGCCUGGAACUAUUCACUUCCUUCUGGGACGAUCCAUCCCGGCCUCCUGAGCUGCCGCCGUCUCCGGAGUUGACCACGGCAAGUGACACAUCUCCCUGUAUCGAGUGUGAUACCCAAACACAUGCUGAACCACCACAUGCCCCCCCUACAACGGGCCGGACCUCCUCCGGCCAGUCCAUGCCCCAAGAAUACAGACAAAAUCUCCUAAACGCCUUCAUAAAGCUAGUUGCUUAUGACUUUGGCUGUAAUGUUUCUAGAGCAAGGCUAGAACCGAGGCUCCAUCUCAGCUCGCCUCCUGGACGGAAAAAACGCAAGACAUACACACCUUCGAAUUGCCACUUUGUGUUCCAGAGCCCAAUGACACGAGAGGCUGCCCGAGCGGGUGUUGUCUACGGCCCAGUUGCCGCAGUAAGUGCACGCCCAACAGUGAAUUUCACUGAACCAGAUGCCGAAACAGCGCAGUCAUCGGACCUAGCACGGGAGGUGCUAGCCGCCUUGAUCACGGCUCAACAUCGAAACCGUGAGGGGAGGGAAGAAGUCCGCUUUGGACACAAUCAGUGGUGGACGACUCAAAGGCGAUGGGGCGGCGGCUUAGGGGGGCCCAUUGGGCGUGAAGUCAAGCAGGACGGCUCCCCCGUGGACGACCGCCACCAGGACAAGGACUUGAACAGUCGCCGGAACGGACCGGCCGUGAAGAAGGCUCGUAGAACCAUGCCCGUCUAUGACAAUUACCGUAUGGUUCGCCCGCCGGCGUCUUCAUGGGACCGGAAAGCCAAGUACGAGGCCAUUGGCAAAGUUGAAGGUUCCAUCUAUGAUGACAUUUUUGUGAUGAGCUCUCUUUUUCACCACGUCUCCAUUCUAAGGGUCCGCGUCCCUACUCGAUUGCUCGAGGUUCUGGACGGUUCGCCCGAGCCAGAUUUAUCAAGACGCAGCUGGGGCAAAGUCCAAGCCUGGAAAAGUGCGUGGUACGACUUCUUCGACGUCGAUCAGAGGAUUGCAGCUAUGAGAUUGGUUUGGGCGGUAGUGGCGUACCAAAUGAGAAAGCCCCCAAGCCGAGACCAGCGUGGAUAA